AUGGGUUUACCAAUAAAUUCAUCAACAAAUAAUGAUUUAUAUAAAUUAAGAUAUACAAUAAAAGAAAAUGAGAGUAUAACGUCAAUUAGAAUAUCACCGGAUGGGAAGACAUUUGCAAUAAGUCUAGGAACUAAGAUAAAGAUAUUCAAUAUAGAGACACAAGAAUUAAUUACUGAAUUGAUUGGUAAUACUAAGGGCAUAAAUGAUAUUCAAUUCUCACCAUUGAAUUCAAAUAUAAUAGCAUCAUGUUCGAAUGAUUUAACUAUAAGACUAUGGUCAAUUCGAGACUCAAAAUGCAUAAAAAUAUUAAAAAAACAUACUUAUCAUAUAACUACAAUUAAAUUUGUAUCGAAGGGUAAUUUAUUAAUCAGUGGAUCAGCAGAUGAAACAAUUACAAUAUGGGAUAUCACAAGUGGAAGAAUAAUAACUACAUUAGCUGCUCAUUCCGACCCCGUUUCAUCAAUCACUUUAACUCCCGAUAACUCUAUAAUUAUAUCCGGAGCUUAUGAUGGAUUAAUGAGAUUAUUUGAUUUGGAAACUAGUCAAUGUCUUAAAACUUUAACAACGAGUACUUCACACGGUACAGCUACUGCUUCAACUUCUGAUGUUAUAAAUUUCCCUAUUUCAAAUGUUGAAUCAAGUCCUAAUGGUCAAUAUAUCUUAAGUUCCAGUCUUGAUGGAUUAAUCAGAUUAUGGAAAUAUUUAGAUAAUAAAGUUAUAAAAACAUAUCAAGGAGUAGAAGGAAGAUCAAUAAGUAAGAAAUUCAAUUGUGAAACUAAAUUUAUAAUUAAAACUGAACUGCCUUUAAUUGUAUCAGGUUCCGAAAAUGAUGGAAUUAUAAUAUGGGAUAUAAAUACAAAAAAAAUAGUAUAUAAUUAUAAUAAUGAUGACGGACCAGUAUUAACUUUAGAUAUUUAUAAUGAUGGAGAAUUAUUGAUUUCAGCUACAAAGAAUGGUAUUAUCAAUUUAUACGAUUUGAAUAAUAAAUAUAAAAUAUAG